AUGUCAGGAAAAGUACACGGAGGUAAAGGCAAAUCAGGAGCUAAAGACGGGGGAAUCAGGUCACAGUCCCAUUCCGCAAGAGCUGGAUUGCAGUUCCCAGUUGGUAGAAUCAAGAGAUUUCUCAAGCGCAACGCUCAGAACAAAAUCAGGGUGGGAGCUAAGGCUGCUAUCUAUCUUGCUGCUGUGUUGGAGUAUCUGACAGCCGAAGUAUUGGAAUUGGCCGGUAACGCUGCAAAAGAUUUGAAGUUGAAACGUAUUACACCCCGUCAUUUGCAAUUAGCCAUCAGGGGAGAUGAAGAGUUGGACACGUUAAUCAAGGCCACCAUUGCCUAUGGUGGUGUCUUGCCUCAUAUCAAUAAGGUGCUUCUGCUCAAGGUGGAGAAUAAGAAGAAGCACUAG